CGCAGGCCGCGUAGAGAAAACGGAAGCGACCAAACGCUCUCCUCGCCGCUUCGCACAGACACAUCCGCGCGCACACACCAGCUAGCAGCCGUGGUUGCAUCCUUCCAGGGUUCGGCGCAGGAGAUGGAGGAGGGCGCUGCCGGAGGAGGAGGGGGUGGGGGCGGCGGCGUCGCCGUCGCCGGCGAUCGAUCGAGCUUCGUGAUCGGCCUCAUCGAGAACCGAGCCAAGGAGGUUGGUGUUGCGGCAUUUGAUUUGAGAUCAGCCUCACUGCACCUAUCUCAGUAUAUCGAGACGAGCUGUUCAUACCAGAAUACGAAGACACUACUGCAUUUCUAUGAUCCGAAUACUGUAAUUGUGCCCCCAAAUAAAACUGCGGCAGAUGGUAUGGUUGGAGUUUCAGAGCUGGUUGAUAAAAAUUACCAAGCAAGCAAAAAGCUCACUUUGUAGGUCACGAUGGCACGUGGUUGCUUUGAUGAUACCAAGGUAUUAUGUUUUGUUUCCACUUACUGGGACAUCUAUUCUUUCAGUUAUCGGGUUAAUGAGACCCCUUAAUAUCACUCAUGUUCCCUUUAUCUGUAAGGGGGCGGUUAUGGUAAAAAAUCUGUCGGCUAGAGACCCAUCUGCACUUGGUUUGGAUACUUACUGCAAGCAGUACUAUCUUUGUCUUGCUGCGGCCUCUGCAACAAUUAAGUGGAUAGAAUCAGAAAAAGGUGUUAUUAUUACUAACCAUUCACUAUCAGUUACAUUCAACGGCUCAUUUGACCAUAUGAACAUCGAUUCAACUAGUGUUCAAACAUUAGAAAUAAUUGACCCUCUCCAUACUGAACUGUGGGGUACUAGCAACAAAAAGAAAAGUCUCUUUCAGAUGUUGAAGACUACAAAGACUACGGGAGGGUCUAGACUACUGAGAGCCAACUUAUUACAACCAUUAAAAGAUAUUCAAACUAUCAAUGCUCGGCUUGACUGCUUGGAUGAGCUAGUGAGCAACGAGGAACUAUUCUUUGGCUUGACACAAGGUCUCCGUAAAUUUCCAAAAGAAUCAGAUAAGGUUCUCUGUCACUUUUGCUUCAAACCCAAAAAGGUCACAGAUGAGGUACUGAAGCCUGCCAAUGGUCGAAAGAGCCAAUUGUUGAUAUCUGACAUUAUUGUUCUAAAAACUGCUCUGGAUGCAAUACCAUUCCUCUCCAAGGUUCUGAAGGGGGCGAACAGUUUUCUUCUUCAGAACAUUUAUCAGACCAUAUGUGAAAACCCAAAGUAUGGGAGCAUGAGAAAGAGAAUCGGAGAAGUGAUUGAUGAAGAUGUUAUUCAUUCGAGGGCUCCUUUUGUAGCCUGCACUCAGCAAUGUUUCGCUAUUAAACCAGGGAUUGAUGGCCUACUUGAUGUUGCUCGUCGAUCCUUCUGCGAUACAAGCGAAGCCAUACAUAACCUUGCCACCAAGUACAGAGAGGAGUUUACUCUGCCAAAUUUGAAGAUACCGUAUAACAAUAGACUGGGGUUUUACUUUAUUAUACCGCAGAGGGAUAUUACUGAAAAGCUUCCUAAUAAAUUUAUCCAGGUUGUUAGGCAUGGGAAGAAUGUCCAUUGCUCAAGCUUUGAGCUAGCUUCGCUAAAUGUUAGGAACAAGUCGGCUGCUGCUGAGUGCUUCUUGCGCACUGAACUCUGUUUAGAAGGACUUAUUAGUGAGAUCAGAGAAGACAUUCGUAUCUUAACAAUGCUCGCAGAAGUAUUAUGUCUUUUGGACAUGAUUGUAAAUUCUUUUGCCUAUACAAUAUCUACAAAGCCUGUUGAUCGCUACACUAGACCGGAGUUCACAGGUGAUGGUCCAAUGGCAAUCAAUGCUGGACGACAUCCUAUUCUGGAGAGCUUACAUACUGAUUUUGUUCCAAAUAAUAUCUUCCUUUCCGAAGCAUCGAAUAUGGUUCUUGUCAUGGGGCCAAAUAUGAGUGGAAAAAGUACAUAUCUUCAACAGAUUUGUCUAAUAGUUAUUCUUGCGCAAGUCGGCUGUUAUGUCCCAGCUCAAUUUGCAUCACUGAGAGUGGUUGAUCGUAUAUUUACACGCAUAGGCACUGGAGAUAAUGUUGAAAACAACUCGAGCACGUUUAUGACGGAAAUGAAAGAGACAGCUUUCAUCAUGCAAAAUGUUUCUUCAAGGAGCUUGGUUGUAGUGGAUGAGCUUGGAAGAGCUACUUCUUCCUCUGAUGGGUUGGCAAUUGCAUGGAGCUGCUGCGAGCACCUGCUAUCCCUCAAAGGCUACACGGUGUUUGCGACACACAUGGAGGGCUUGUCAGAGCUCGCAACGAUGUAUCCAAACGUGAAGGUCCUCCAUUUCGAGGUUGACUUGAGGAAUGGUCGCUUGGAUUUCAAGUUCCGGCUGAAGGAUGGCGUCCGACGGGUACCGCACUAUGGGCUUCUGCUAGCCAGAGUGGCCGGCCUCCCUGCUUCAGUGAUCGACAACGCGACCAGCAUCACUUCACGUAUCACAGAGCAGGAAAUGGUUAGGAUGGAUGCGAACUGUGUGCAGUACCAGCCGCUGAGGAUGGCGUACCAGGCCGCGCAACGGCUCAUCUGCUUGAAGUACUCGAACCAAGGGGACGACUACAUCCGUGAAGCAUUGCAGGACCUCAAGGAGAGUUACGCUGCAGGCAAUUUGAUAUGAAACAACAGGAGAUUACGUCUCCAGGAAUUUGAUAGAGGUCUGUUUGUAGGUCUAUGGCCGCAGAGGAUCCAUCAGUCUUAUUUUCAUCUGUCACUGUAAUUAUAUAGUAUAUUAGUCAAAAUCCGACACUGAAAGUGGCGAUAAGGGAGAGAUCCCCUAACACAAAGCACACCCGGAGUCGAUGUUGAGACGCGGAAUAGGAGGAAUCCUCCUUACAAUUGCAUAUUUGCGCAAGAAAAGUUGUACUUUAUGGAGUUACAAAAUCCUGCUAAGUGAUAGCCACCUUCUUACUC